AUGGAGUCAUCUCCCGUGCCGCGCUUAGAAGAGUUAAUUCUCUCCGGUAUUGACGUAAAUGUAUUGAAUCAUACAGCAUUAUCAUUAUGGCAUUUUCAACAAUUAAUGAUUGAACUUCUUCCAUCUGCUGUGACGAUUGAACUGGAAGAAGAAGACGACGAGGAUGGAGUCAAGAGUCCCACAAUGUUUCCAACAGAGCGUGUACCCAUGUUGACACGUGGUAUAAUUAGAUUAGGUGAAGGAAUGAAUGUAGCGAUUGUAUUAUAUGAACAACCUGUAGAUACGAUAAUGGUAAAGGACGAUAGAAAGCAGAGUGGAAACACUUUGAAUGGGACACAGAACGAAUCGGUGGUAGUACCACAAGGGACAGUAACAAGUAUUAAGGGACACUUGACUCCGGACACUCGAGUUGCUGCUAUUUUUCAUCGUUAUCGCUGUGUUUUAUGUCUCGAUGCAUCACCUUCGAUUCUAUCCAUUGAUCCAUCAUCUGGACGAUUGUUUCUGGAUUUAUUAUAUGAGAGUGUUGAACUUUUUAUUUGGAGUAUCUUACGACCGAUGGAAAUUGGUGGUAAAUCAUUUCUACCAGAGCUUCAUGUGUCAGUAUUAGUGCAAGGAGCUCUGGUUGAAUCGCUCUGUGUGCUCAUGCAAGGAUAUAUUGUCACACAGACAAAUGCUGCUGGCUUUUUGAGAUUGAUUAAAGAACGAUUUCAGUUGAUUGAAAAUAAUUGGGCAUCGCAAGCACAGAAACGAGGGCAUGCUGUCUUUGCACUUAACUCAUUGCCUACAGACUGCGCACCGAUGAUCGUACUUGUAACGGAUGGUGUGCUUGAUGCACGAGAUGUCUUUUCAUACGAUAACUUGUUGAUGCAACUUGUGCGUCAUGAUAUUCAGUGUAACUUCUUGCGCAUUGGAGGAGGUGGAGAAGAUGAACUUAACGCCACGUUUGGUUUUGUGCCAGACACGCAUUUAUUGCGCUUCGUUGCAGAGUAUACCGGCGGAACUGUGUUUGACUAUGCAGCUAUUCACGAAGCUUGCUAUGGUACAACUAGCACAAGCAGCAACACUGUUAAGAAAAUGACGGGGUUACAGGAUGCGCUUUUCUUGCGCAAAUCGAGUGUUCAUGCAAACGCAGCACCUGUGGUCAAGCUGAACGAGAUGGACAGCACGUCUUUUGAUGGUAGAACGCUUUUGCCUUUACGCCCUUACCGCAUGUGGCGUGAUACGGUACAUGAAUAUCGCAUUUUUGCAGAUGUAAAUCGUAUUGUGGAAGCACGGCUUCGUGAAGGCUUUUCGAUUAACAAGGUUCAUAUAAAGACUUACCGGCAGCCACGACUGAUGGAAAAGGGAUCUGUACAAGCUGGCGUAGACUGUCCGAGCAGCGGUGAUGUAAGCAGCACGAAUGCGAUAUCGAAUGAAGUCACCAAGAUUUUGAUUGUGUUCUUACUGCAGUGGAAACCUAAUGUUUGGCUUGAAUAUGUGGUGUCAACGACCACCGAGGACUCAACAGCGCUGGCAUCGUCGGUAGUUCCGGCACCCUACAGCAGUCGACGAGUUAGUGGACAGGGUUUAAAAGGUUCGAUCUCGUCAGCAGCACCAAAGAAACCUGCAAGAUUUUUUUAUAAGGAUCAAAAGACAGCGUGGAGUGAGUGGUACGUCAAGAUGAACAUCUUGGGCUGCGCAGACUUCCUUCGUGCGUUUGAAGAUACAAUGCAGCGCUCUUCGACAAACAAAGACCGAGGGGCUCCAGCCAGGGGAGAAAACUCCAUGGCAUCACCAGUCUUUGUGCACGACUUUAUUAGAAAUGUUCAAGACGUUGACCGUGUGCUGUUACACUUGAUGACUGCAACUGCUAGUAUCAACGAAACCAGCGAUUCGGUCGCUAAUCAGUUUUCCUUUGGUAUAAACUCAACAUCAGCAUCUGCAAUCCCAAGGAUCACAAGCUCUCACCCCGUAUUUAACAUUAUUGGUGACCUUUCUACUGUGCUCUGGCACCGCUGGUUUUAUGUUGAACGAUUUGAAAUUCUAUCGGUCGUCAAGAGUGACGCAUGCACGGACCUAUUUUACCGUGGUGAAAUGCACGAUACAGUCGGGCGUGGAAGCGCAGGCUUGCAAUUGCGCGACCUAGGAAACCCUUACAGAAUGAUCCACAAUCAUGGAGCAAAUGUGUAUGGAACAACCAAUGGACACAUUGCCAUCGGAGUUGAGAGCUUUGCUGAACCUUUGGUUGCAAUUCUUGUCAAGUGGUCAUCGCAAAAGCUGUCUCAGGAUUUAUUUUUAAGGUUUCUUCGCCCGGUUGAUUUGGACAAAGUCCACGCCCCUCCAAGAGCCAAGGCUUCAGCACCAAGUACUGCCUCUGGUGGAAUCGCGCAACGACGACGACAGCGCAGUUAUACCAGCGGCAUAGGAGAAUGUGCCACAAGAGAUGACGAGAGUAGCAGUAAAAGAGAAAGCAAAGCAGCUCUUUGCUUUGUGCGGCUUGAAUUUAAGAACAAGACGUUGUGUGCCGUUCAUGUGGCAUUUUUUGCGACUAGUGCAUCGAGACGCCGGCAGAUUUUGAAUGAUUUGAAGAGUACAAUUUUUACCGGUAUUAAUGAGGUGGCUGUAACGCCUACCCCAGCUAAGCUGCUUUCGUCAUCUCUGCCGGAAACUCAAGUCAUUCUCUGUCACCGUAUGUUGAGUCGUUUGCUUGUCACACACGACACCCUUCUUCUCCACGGAAUUAAUCAAGAACCUGGACUCUUCAAUUGCUAUCUUGCGUCCCCGACGCUGGAUGUUGAGAAAGAAAAUGCAGGCGUCAUACCUCCGUUAAGCACGUGCUGUGGUGGUAGUGAAUUGCAGUUACAUCGAGUGUUUGGUGCAUAUGUGUGGCAUUCUAGUUGGAAAUGGGAAGUGUCGAACUUAGCGGCAUUAUUGGAAGCAAUGCGGCGGCUUCAUGAUGCCCGCAUCAGCAGUGGUUUCUGGGUUUUGGACUGGAAAGUGGAGGAAGGAGAUGAUGGUCAAGGUGCACAUAUUGAGAGCGUAAUUUUUGGGCGAGAAAUUCUGAUGGAAAACGAAAACGGGCACACAAAGACAGCCUUAGUGCAAUAUGCGCUUCGUCGUGUCUCAGAUACCUGUCUUAUGACGUCUUUCUGGAUGGAGCCCCAGCAUGGCGUUAUAAAAACAUGUUUGUCGGAUAAAGCAGAUAAGCACGAUAAGUUUCACUGGAGACUGAAGCAAGCUAUCGGGCACAACACGCCGUUUGAGAGUUGUGAGACUCGUGAUCCUCAUUGGAAUAUUGCUUUUCAAGGAACUCCUGGGUGGGCUUCUGCAUCUUCUAUGGGCUCACUAGAUGACGAACAUAGGUCGAUACAGCAAGAGGAUGUGAGCAUUGACUGGAGUGGGAAUUCUAAGUAUCUGGGAGAAAGUGAACUAUUGCAUUUGAUUCGCGGAUACCUGUUCAAGAGUGACCGUCACUUUCUUUCGUGUCUGUACACGUUUGACUGUAUCAUUAAUUUACGCGGCAAUAUCGAAUCAAGCAAGAAUGUAGAUGGCAUUGUUGGUUCUAAUUGGAGUAUGAACAGGCAACUGGCGGCGGAAAAUGGCAUGAUUCUUCCUCCAUUCAGCACUGCAAGGCUUUUGGCGGCUUCAAGACGAUCAACAGAGCAUUUUUUGAUGUAUUUGCAAGACAGUAAAAGCUCUGCAAACGGGAUGAAUGAGUCGACAUUUGGACUUGCGCCUUCAGUCUCUUUAGCCAAUGAUAAUUUGUAUUCUAUGCUUGAACUUACUUUGAGGGGCUUGAGUGAUUGCGAGGUGUCAUGGACCGACUACAAUGGAGACGUUGUGACAAGUCCUUGUAUGGCUGCAAACGGCAAUGAAGAUGAUCGGUUUUUUAGGGAAGGUAUGGAUGGACAGUUGCCAUUGUGGUUGAAGCAACACUUGGCAUUUACUUUUAAAGACCGUGUGCCGCAUCAUGCAUUGAGUAAAGGCAAGUGCUAUGCAAAACUUGUUAGCGACGAUUGCGUCGUAUUGGCCUUCUUUCCUUCACUUGAUACUCUGCAGGUUCAAAAUAAAACGGGCAGAGAUGGGUUGUUUCAAAGCAAUGAUGAGAUAGAAAGCAGGUCACCAUUUAAAGCUAGGUUAAAUGAGACAACCACGGCACCUGGGAAAUAUGAGGGACAUACAAAAAGACCUUCGCAACAAUUUUCAGUACGCUCAGCGGACGAAGAUGGGACAAAAUCCCGAGUAGUGCGAAUGUCCGUGUCUGCGGAUGACAUCGUGCUGUAUCAAGAACGCCGGCGCAGCUUCCGUGAAGGCUACAAAUCUUGGAGAAUGGGGCAUUACCAAGGAUCUCGUGAUGAAAAGCAUAGUUAUGGUCGUGACUUUCAGAAACUCCGUCUUCCUUCAACACCAGAAGAUCAUGAGUUUUGUGAAGAAAUCAGUCGCCAAGCACCUUACGGCUGCGAUUUUCAUCUACUUAUUGAAAAUGCCAAUGGAGCUAUGGGCUCAGGCUUCUUUCAAGUUGCGUUUUAUGAAUGCUCGCUUUCUAGAUUAUCUAUGGACUUGCACGAUACGAGUAAUCCGAUGUUUGAUCAUGCGGAUUUACCUCACACUAUUCUGAGGCAUUUGUUUUUCUCAAAGCAUCAUGAUAAGCCAAAAGAAAACCGGUCAACGAUACCACUCGGUUGCGGCCUAUGGAAAGCAUCUCGAGCUCGAUCACCAUUCGACUCGACGGUGAAUCGACUGAGUUCUAGCAGUAUUCGCGCUUCUCAUCGAUUCCGCAAAAAGAUUAAGCGUGCACAUGAGCACAACUUUUCUCGCGGUGUUUAUAUGGCGCUUCGUGAAGGGGGAACAGUUCAGCACAGUGAUUUGCUUCAGGCGCUGUCGAGCUGUAUCGAAGUUCCAGUGGAUGUUGAUAUUACGCUCCUGUACCGUAUGACGGAGACUGCCGCGUCACACAAAAUAUUACCACUGAGUCCUGCAGCGGCAGCUGUGGUUUCUGCUGGUAUGGGCGCGGACAUUCUUAAGGACAAACUGACGAAAUCUUUCGAAACAAUCCUAUCCAAAGUUUUUGUUCCUAUUGCUGGUACCAAGUAUUAUUACUUCUCAGGGAGCGAAAAUGCUGUCUACGAAGACCUGUCUGCAAGCGAGUAUGAUUUACAUAUUCUCAUGGAAGAUUCUGAUGAUGGUAAACCUAUUCCUGAAAGCCGAAAAAGGAAGCAAUCUCAUCUUAGCGAUGACGCUAGUUCUACUGGAGAGGAAAUCGGGAGUUGCAGCGUUGGUGAGGGUAAUAAUAUGACUCUUCGUCAUUGUUUAGGAAGAGGAUCACAGCAAGAUUUGCAGGAAGGCGACGAUAGUGUCGAAAAUAGUCCCCAUCGGAGCAGACGCGAUAGCUUGGGACGUGGCUUGCCUUCUCCAGUAAUCACCUUGACUGAAGAGCGGUCGGAAAACGAGCAGCACAAUGCAACUGUUGAAGAGGACGCAGAGUUCAACAAAGAUGUUGCUGUAGCGACAUCCAGCUUCUCUGUACCAUUCUUUUUUAAGUUUGAGUGCCGUCUGCUCAAUAGCACACGCGAGACUCGGUCGAGUUCUGUCGAUAUGCACGCUUUAGAAGUGGAUUCUGAUCUUUUACGCUGUUCGUCAAGUAGUGUCGUUCGCGAAGACAGGCGAAAGAUCAUAGGCGUACAAGCACAAUUUUCCUCACCAAGUGGUUGGCAGAAAAAGUAUGACGUUUUCUUGGAAUCAUUGAAGACUAAUCAUGGAUCUCAGUAUCAUCUAAAUUCAACCAAUGUUUCACACAUUGCCGAGUCGUUUUUGAAGAUUCCGCUAGGACGUAUCGCUUUACGCUUAGUAACAUUGACGUUGCCCAAUGAGCAAGUGUUCGAGGACGGGCGCGUGCCACCUCAUGUGCCAUUUGAAAUGGAUGUUAGCAGUGGACAAGUGUGUGAAACCAACGCCUUGCCGUCAGCUCUGCACAAUUUUUCGUCGCUGCAUCUCUUUCAGCGCCAAGUGCUAAGUCGCGUUUGCAAAGACAUUAAGGAGUGGUCUAGCGUGGAGAUUCUUGCAAUAUUGAAGUCUGCAAACGAGAUAACACCGGCAAUUGGGACGCUGGUUCAAAGCCUCUUUGAUGACCUUCCUGAGCUUGCUGUGACGAAAGCAAAUUACCCGCUUGAGUUCGUCGCAGGCAGCCAAGAGACGACUGUCAAGCCGCUUGAUCUAUUUAAGCGCGAGUUUGAAAAGGGCGAUUUGCUCAACGUUUUUCAAUGCAAUGGGGUGUACUUCGUGGUAGAAACUACUAUUCCUACUGACACGUAUGUGGACAAAGGUAUCGAAAACCUGUCGAUACCGAGUUUCAAAAUUCCGUAUUGGGCAUUUUUUGAGCUUGGAGCAGACCAAAUUACUUUGCAGUUCCAUCACCCAGACCACUUUGGGAUGUCCCCUACAGGGCUCAAUCGGUUAGAAGUCUUAACUCGCCUUCAACUAGGAAUUCGCGCGGUAUGUCGUCGUGUAAACCAAUUCUUACUUUUGUUGCAACUUCAUGAGACACGCACGUGCAAUUGUCUUCUGCUUCCGCCAAACGACAGCUCGCCAUCAAGUCCGCGAUCACCUGAACGAAGAACUGACUCACAAAUAGCUUUGGAUGUGAUGAACGGAAAGGAUAGACGGAUAAAACAAGGUGGCUUCUUUUGGCCUGGGCAGUUUGAGUGUGAUUUGCGCUACUGCGCUGUUUUCAGGCUUCACGAGCGCUUGGCUCCUAAUUUUGCGCUCAAUGUAUUGUGCACUUCAGCACUGGAGCAGUUUCAAGUUCACAAUCGACGCCAUGUUUUCGUGUACCGUGAUCGCGAUGGCCAUGUAUUUUAUAUGAAAAUCAGUAUCUUUUACGAUACAGCGUUGUCCCAUGAAGUGGGUAGUCAAACUGCCGAAGAACGGCUAGAGAGAACUGUUUUUUCUAGGUCUAGUACUGGAGGAAACAGUGGUGCAGGUGCAACCGUUCCCGUAGCAACGACAACACCAGCAGGGGUCCCCGGCAUUCGUUUGGAAGUAUUCGGUGUAUCUGAAGCUGGUGAAGAAGUAACCCAUGAAUUGUGCCGUCUUCUGGAGCGAAAGCUAGACGAAGCAACGCAGUUGGUUCUGAUGAAGUUGCUGGCACGCAAUACCAAGUUCCAGCUGAGUCAGUCCGACCUAGCGUUUUUGUGUCCACAUGCAACUGAACCUUCGAGUAAGAUCCAUUACACUCUUCCUGGCGACAUAGCUGAUGAUUGCUGCACAUUAUUGCACUACUUUUCCCAGACACUUAAGUUAGCGGCAUAUGUACGUCCUGUAACAAGUGGCGGAUCCUUACUUCCACGAAGUUCGCGAGGUUCAGCUAACAGUAACACGCUACGGCCAGUUCGGCUCGAGAGGCUGGCGUCUGCGGGAAAUUAUGUAAUUUUGUCCGGUGAGGAACCUGCGAAAGUGACAGCUCAAGUUAUGUAUGGAGAGGCAAAGCUUGAAGAAGUAAAAAGAACACGUGCUAUGCAGGACAGUGCUCACAUACACCCUGCUUGCUUUGGAGGCUACCCGAAAGCAUUUGAGCUCCAGGAGGAAAGUUCCUCAAUCUUGUACGACGCAACCACUCGAUCACCUGUUUUCUUCUUUUCCGAAUGUAAAGCGGGUGGGGAGAGUGUAGCUUCUGGUGAAGCGCCCCCAGCUGUUGCACCGAUUUAUACAGCACCUGAAAUUGUGGCGUAUGCAUUGUAUGUUUUGAAUUUGAACCCAGACUUACGGCUCUCACCAGGCUUUUUGUCGCGGGUAGGUAAGGGGCUUGCUCUCUUGCGUGUCGAUAUUGUCCGCAAGAACACCGCCAAGACCGAAUUUGAGGAUGAAUACAAGGAGGAUGGCAAGUUGGGUAGUAUUGCUAGGGUGAGGCAGAUGCAGGACAUUCCAGGACUUGCGGCGUUGUACUCAACUUGUGUGAACACAUGUGAUACAACACUGGUGGCUAGAUGUCAGGUUUGGAUUCGUGGAUCUAUCCACUCAGCAGAAUUGAGUCAAGUCGUGGAGGCAUUUAUGGAUGAAGCUCUGUAUGAUUAUCACAUUGAAGCGACCAUCAGAAAGUUGCGUACAUGGAAUGGACGACUACAUACUUGCACAAGUAGUAAUGGAACUCCAGAUUUAUCAGGAACUCAAGGAAAUUUGCUCAUCGAUGUGGAUAUGCUGGUGUCGCUCUUUAAAAGUGCGUGUCUUUUGCCUUCGUCCUCUGUUACAAACCUAGACGUGGAUGUAUCGAUCGCGCCAUGGGACCUUAACAAUGCUGUGGCGCAGGUUUGGAGUUUUCUGUGCUGCCUGCCUCGCCACCUGCGACCUGCAGUUUAUGCGAAGUCUAAGCUUUCAGGCAGAUAUGAGAUUGUUUCGAGUCAGAACGAAAGUCUAAAUAUAAGUUCUUACUCGAAUGGACCCCCACCAGAUAAGUUUCGGAUGGUAGUUCAGCAUGCUGGCGAUCCGGACGUAUACGAAGAGUCAAGCGACUCCGAUGCAGAAACGACAGCAUCAAUGAGCUCAGCGAAUCAUCAUAUUGAGCCGCUAAUGCGAACCAACUCCAUUCAUUCGGAGACUUCGGAUAUUGACUCGGUUUCAGGUCGAGUGCCGUUCACAUUAACGUCAACUGGUGUAUGUUCAGAUUUGAAUGCAAUUUCACAAACCCAAAUUGCGCCGUCUGUGUCGUCCACAACUUCAUCAAUGGUUGGACAGAUAGGCGGUCUGUCGCACCAACCACAUCUCUCAAAAAAUGUAAACUUUUCGGAGAGGGACGUAUUAUUAUAUGUAAACAAAGGUAUUACUCGCCAUCCCAACCAAAAGUCACACUCCCAUGGAAAUCGGCAGGUGACACGAUCAUUUUAUUACGUGGUGGAUCUGUCUACGAGUAAGGGGUUACGGUUGUAUGGAUACAAUAUGAGCAGGGUUUUAGUGGAGGCUCUAUCUACUCACAUCGCGCGGGUACUUACGUGGAGCAUGCUUCGCGAAAAGCUGCUGAGAACCCUGCUGCUGGAAAAGUCGGGGCUUUCGACCGCCGCUCCUGUUGGGUCCAUGGUGCUGCAACCCUCCAGUUUCUUUGUGACCAUCGGAAGGAUGGAACAAGCUGGGAAGGGCGUCAACACAAAUUCUGGUGCUCUCUGUAAAGAUUCUGCUGUACACUUUAUAGAGUAUCGACCUCCCGUGUUGUCAAUAUUGCAGUCCAACGAUUGGUUUCCCAGAGUUCUCGAUGCAGGUUGCCUGCGCUCAAUUGAGGGUACUUCCCUCGGAGUAUAUUUGCGUGAAGCACAGACCCAACCAAUCGUAGCAGCACUGGACUCUCAGUAUCAGCGCCCUCGAGGGCAAAGCAGCACAAACUUGGGUGUUUCAAUGGCACCCCCAAGCAUCCCAGAUCUUACACGGGAAGUAUCAGGAACGUUAUCCCAGCGAAGCCUUAACAGCUGCGGAGAUGUUUCAACAAAUUUGCUGGGAGGACAAGUACCCGGGAGAAACAGGAGUGGUGGCAUCAUCAGUAGCAGCAACGUAUCUGAUAGCACAUCGUCGUCUCCAGGUAAGCGAUUAGGUGGAUCUAGCCUAGCCUUGCAAUAUCCAGGUAAUAAUCGGAGCGAGGCCACAGCUCGGAUGCGAGGUGGAGCGGGAGCUGCAACAGCAUUAAUGGCAGCACGUGCCCGAGCUAGGGGUAGUGGCGGCUUUCAUAAUCAUGCAGGCAGUGGAUCAGUCAUUGGUGCAGUACAAGUUGGUGGAAGUUCUUCGGUAGUUUCGUCCGGUGAUAGUGUCGCGCCGUGGGAUUUGCCGUUGUCGAAUAUGAAAGGAUCACGUUUGCAAACAUCAGCGGACGAAGCUGAUGCUAAGCUGACUACUGGACGGGAUGGCAGUCAAGCAGAUUCCUGUGCAAGGACCGACUCUAGUUCCACAGCCACAACAAGUGCAGUUUCGAAGAGCAAAUUGAGUGGAGUGAAUCGUCUUGGGCGGAGAGGGUCCCGGGGUAAUGGUCUCGCCGACCUAGUAUCAUCGUCGUCUUCGACUUCGUUGUCCGGGCUUUCAGCUGCGAAAGCGUCUGCCAAUCGCAGAAGCGGUAACGAAACAUUUUCUUUGGAUUCUAACCGAAUCCAUAGUUCGUGGAAGAAACGCUUGGAGUUUGCAUGGGGACCUCGAUUUUUAUUCCCUUAUAGCGCGGAUCGACGGACGACAGGGAGUACGGCGGAAGAGAGUCAGCAUUUUACAAAGCUCGAAGAUGAAGAAGAUGAGGAUCAACCGAAGAAAAGUGUAACACCUUUAUCGUUCUUUUGUGCGGCACUGGAUAAGCGUUGGGAGGCGUUUGAAACACGAUCGACAAGUCACACGGUAUGCAUGAAUCUGCUAGAAAAGCUUGCGUCGUUGCAAACAGGUGAAGAGAUGGAGGAGCCUGUUGCAAAGGAUGUUGUGGAGCAUUUGGUGGAAAGCGGACACCUUUUGUUGUAUCAACGCUUUCGGGCUGCUUAUGUGGAACGAUGGAUAGCCGCAGAAGUGGUAGGAAUACCUGAAGAAUACGGAAUUGUGAAUAGUCGCCUUCGCGCAUUGCAGUCAUGCAUGGAUUUGGUGCAUUUGCUCAGCUACAAACGGGAAUUUGUGUUUAAUCAAGACGAAUGCUCCGUGGCCAAACUUUAUACACAGCACACUGUUUUCAGCAUGGGAGCUGGUGCUGGUGCAGAUAUUUUGAAGAUGAAGCAGCAGGUUGCAUCCAAUUUGGAACCAUUGCGCCUGGCAGUGGCAAGCGAAUUUUACGAAGAAUACGCAGUACAUUUGCGCACGCUAGGAUUUCGGCGCCUUCGAACACUAAACACAAGUAGAAGCUGUGCACGCGCAUUCCCGAUUGACGCCGACAUGGCCACAAAAGACACUGAAACACCAGGUCUGGAGGGCUUUACCGAAUACUUUUAUCACCCAGAAAGAGCAGCUGCAGAAGCUGGUGGAUGGAAGAUAGACUCGACUAGGAGCAACAAUGAUGCUUACCCACUAUCAGUUGUGAUUUUAGAAGUGAAGUGUGACCAGUGUGGUGUGCGACUGAAUGCUGUGCUUGUGAGCUUACAUGAUUUGGAGCAGCAAGACUUGCGUUUUCAAGACCGUCUGGCGGUAAAAGCCGGAGAGCCCGUAAUCGUGACGUCGGGAUCACGGAUUCAGAGCGUAGCGUCGUGGUUGCGAGCCCAAUUGCAAACAGAAGCCCUGAUUUACGGGUUUACUAUUCGCUACUUUCAACAGCAUAUACUUCAGUGGAUUGACGCUUCUCACAAUUUUCGCGACGGACAGAAUGGGCAUGGACACAGUGUUGAAGAGCAUCCUAGCGAUGAUGAUGCUCUUGCAUCUGCUUUGCCGUUGCCAUGGAAGAAAGCUUCUACGUUUCAAAAUAUCGUUAAAGGACUUCAGUGCUUUUUGCAUGCAUUUCCGGAUCCACCGGACGCAUCUAUGAAUCCAAGCGCCGCAGUGCCAACUUUAUCAACAGUAAGUGAAAAUUGCGAUGGUAAAAACACAGCAAAGACCAGGUCGAGUGAUCCAAGAGUAUCUUCAAUCUCCCCGACGUCUGCAGCACCUGAUAGCGAUGGUUAUCGAAUGACUUCGCGAGCUGCAUUAAGGUUUUCUCGACGGGUUGUGACCCACCAACAUCAACACAAACCAGUAUCUCACCUUCGUACGACUUCACCUGCGCCAGACACUAACCUAAAGUCUGCAGCACCUUUAUCUUUGCUCUGGCAUGACUGUGUGAUACGAGUGGCGGCAGUAACGUUGCGACCUACUUCAAGUCAGUCAAAUUGCUCCAAGUUGAUUUUAGUGCAGAUUUUAUUGCGAUACAUUGCAUGCCACAGCUUACGCUACGAGGUGCUAGACUUAUUGCAGUUCGGUACGCCGGAUGCUGUCGUAUGUCAUUCUUCGUCCGGCAGCUUCUUCCAUCGACCUUCAUCCACCAACAUGACGCCGACAAUGCAGAGUCGUUGGGUCAAACCUUCUGGAGGAUAUUCGCUGGUGAUCACGACGCAACCAUUGUUGACCCGCAAGCCAAUUGACAAGGAUUCAGUGCAGCUAUUGAUGCUCAAGAGUACACCCUCGACGCUUGGUGUGGGUAAUGACGUUCUGCCGGUAGAGCGGGCGAUGCAGGAAGCCCAGCUAUUUACCAGAGAGUUGUUUCGUGUUGCUGCUCAACACUACGAGCGUGAUUUGCUAUGGUCUCGAUUGCUGUUCGACAGCUCGCGCGGUCCCGAGGUCGAUGUAGCUUGCACGUUGGCGCUUCCAGCUGACUCUUUCCGCGUGGAAGUAGGUCCGCAGCAGUUGGAAGAGUGUCUAAGGCUGUCAAUUUGUACUCCCUUAGAAACGUUGGACCCGCGCCUGGACGAACUGCUAUCCGUAUCUGGUGUUUGUUGGCAAGAGUUGGCACUGCGGCUACGUGAUGUAUAUGCCCACCAGCUUCGAGAAUUUCAGUUUCAAGAGGAGGACGAAAACAGCAGCCACCUGUUGUUGCUAUGUCCCGACGCGUUUGACCUCAUCAUCCACUUGACAUUCAUUACACCCAAAGACCACAUAGCGUCAGAACAAGCACAAGACAGAGAAAUGAUCAAUAUGAGGGGCGACAAAAGUACAGACAGCCCAAGCAGAAGCUCAAGUAUCGACGGCAGCCAGAUUAGCAGUAUUGGCGAGCAGUUGACUGAGGUCAAUUUUGAGAAAGGGGAUGGAGGCGACGUGCACGUGGAGAUCUGCCGGCGCGAGGAGCCGACAAACAAGCAGUUUACGUUUGCACAGCGGCGCUCUAUCUCGGAGUUUGUCAACAGCAUCGUGCACUGGCAAUGGCGGAGUCUCAUUUACGAUUAA